AAAAGAAAUCAAUGUUACAAUACCUAAUGCGAUAACCUAAGUACAGACCACCGCCAUUACCACCAGUAUCAUAUCACAUCACACACACUACGUACAUAUACUCCUUCUUCCUCACAUCCUACGGCGCAUACGGCAUUCCAUUCUGCGUCAACUCACGCGCCUUUGGACACUUUCUCGCUUUCUCCCUCCUUGUAACAAUACUUCCUCUUCCCUCCCGUCUAUCUUUUGGCCUUGUCUUGUCCCUCCUUCAAUCCCGCUCUUUAGUCCUAGUACAACAACACCAACGUUGAAAUAACUCAAACAUCCUUCUAGUUCUUUUCGCAUUCAUUCCAUUCCACUACGGUCAAUAUCGAGGUCAUUCAUCUAUUAGAAUAUUCUGAAUGUUUCAUGAAUAGAUAUUUGCAUUCGCAAUUGAGACACGGCUUUUCCCGUCUUGUUGCACAUAAAUCCUUUAGUUGUACAAGAAGCCUUGCGACGUCGAACAGUUCUUUGAUUCGACAAUCACUCCUGCAGAAUACUCGGAAUACUCCACUAUCAUUUACAUCUGCGUUUUUAACCACAGAUAUCCGCUCAUUCAGUACAUCUCAUUGUCCAAGAAAAGGCCACUCAAACACAAUGGUCGGUACCAAUGGCGUUGCAACGCGUGCGAAGAGAAAGUCACAUCCAACAGUGCCGGAAAGACCUCAAAAACAACUUCGUGCUUUGAACGGAAAAGAGUCAACAGGUGUUAAUACCCCAGAACUCGACCUGAUUUCGGAUGAUGAUUACGAUCUCGAUGGACCUCAGUUAGUACCCGGCUUAGCAGCAGAUACAGCGGAAUGGCAGGCCGCAAUCGAGCAGGUGGUCCGAAAUGUUGUGUCGAUCCGAUUCUGUCAGACAUGUUCCUUUGAUACGGAUCCUGCGUUGACCAGCGAAGCUACUGGUUUUGUGGUAGAUGCAGAGAGAGGGUUUGUUUUCUCUGCUCCAGCUCAAUCAAAUCCUCCUACGGAUAUUCAGCUUGCCUUUGAACUUUAUUAAUAUUUUUGCAGAUACAUUUUGACCAAUCGACAUGUUGUUGGAUCAGGACCUUUCUGGGGAUAUUGUGUCUUCGAUAAUCACGAAGAAGUUGAUGCCUACCCAGUGUACCGUGAUCCCGUUCACGAUUUUGGUAUAUUACGAUUCGACCCUAAAGCUAUUAAAUACAUGCCUGUUUCCGCUCUGGGCUUACGACCGGAUCUCGCCAAGGUAGGGUCGGAGAUCAGAGUUGUUGGUAAUGAUGCCGGAGAAAAACUUAGUAUUUUAUCAGGAGUGAUCAGCAGACUGGACAGAAAUGCCCCUGAAUACGGAGAUGGAUACUGCGACUUCAAUACCAACUACAUACAAGCAGCUGCAGCGGCAAGUGGCGGUAGUUCAGGAAGUCCCGUCGUCAAUGUAGGCUGAAUACCCGCAUCUCCAAAAUUUUAAGACCCUCGAAAUAUUGACAUGCCGCUAGAUUGAUGGAUAUGCUGUCGCCCUGCAAGCAGGUGGCAGAAGUGAUGGGGCCGCCACUGAUUAUUUCUUACCCCUCGAUCGACCUUUAAGAGCUCUUCAAUGCAUACAGCAAGGGAAACCAAUUACCCGUGGAACAAUUCAGUGCCAAUGGUUGAUCAAGCCUUUUGAUGAAUGUCGCAGGCUUGGAUUAACACCAGACUGGGAGGAUGUUGUACGAACAGGGUUCCCUAAAGAGACGGGUAUGCUCGUUGCAGAAAUUGUUCUUCCAGAAGGGCCAUCACAUAAACUGAUUGAAGAGGGAGAUCUUUUACUGAAAGUCAACGGUGAAUUACUGACACAGUUUAUCCGCUUGGAUGAUAUCCUGGACUCCACGGUUGGCCAGACGGUGAGUUUCCUUAUCCAGCGCGGUGGAGAAGAUAUUGAGGUUGCGGUUGAUGUUGGCGAUCUUCAUUCAAUUACACCGGAUCGUUUUGUCUCUGUCGCAGGGGGUAGCUUCCACGAUUUGUCGUAUCAACAAGCGCGUCUAUAUGGUGUUGCUUGCAAGGGCGUGUUCAUGUGUGAAGCCAGUGGAUCUUUCCGAUUCGAAGGCACUGAUAAUGGCUGGAUCAUUCAAACUAUCGAUCAUAAAAAGACACCCGAUCUGGAAAGCUUCAUUGAAGUCAUGAAGAGAAUUCCGGACCGAGAAAGAGUUGUAGUAACAUACAAACAUCUCCGAGAUCUUCACACCCUUAAUACCGGCAUUCUGCAGGUUGAUCGCCAUUGGUCAAGCAAGAUGAGAUUGGCUGUCAGAAAUGACAUUAGCGGUCUCUGGGAUUUCACAGAUUUGGCCGACGCUCUCCCACCUACACCCCCUGUAGCUAGGUCUGCAAAGUUCAUACAACUCGAGAAUUCGCAGCAUCCAGCAGCAGCGGAUAUCGUUCGAAGCUUCGUUCGAGUGCUAUGUCACAUGCCCGUCAAGCUAGACGGUUAUCCUCGAAACCGCAAGUGGGGUAUGGGUGUUGUCAUCGAUGCCGAGAAAGGAUUGGUUGUCAUCUCUAGAGCAGUUGUUCCAUAUGAUCUAUGUGACAUUUCAAUCACGAUCGCCGAUUCCAUUAUUGUGGAAGGAAAAGUGGUGUUUUUGCACCCUUUACAAAAUUAUGCUAUUAUCAAAUACGACCCUUCGCUGGUUCUUGCCCCAGUGCAAAGCGCGAAAUUGAGCAAUAAGCAACCCUCUCAAGGAGCUUCAACAUACUUUGUUGGUUUUAAUACGAAUAUGCGACUCGUCGCUGCUAAAACCACCAUCACUGAAAUCACGGCUGUUGCUAUUCCUGCAAAUGCUGCGUCACCAAGAUAUCGGGCCAUCAACAUCGAUGCUAUCACUGUUGACACAAGUCUGAGUGGUCAAUGUGGAAGUGGUGUGCUCAUUGGUGAAGAUGGCAUCGUCCAAGCUUUGUGGUUGACUUAUUUGGGAGAAAGAUCUCAAUCCAGUUCAAAAGAUGUCGAAUACUAUCUUGGUCUUGCCACUCCCACGCUUUUACCCGUCAUCAAAAAAAUACAAAAUGACGAGAAGCCUAAGCUGCGCAUGUUGAGCGUCGAAUUCAACACCAUUCAAAUGGCUCAAGCUCGUGUCAUGGGUGUAUCUGAAGAAUGGAUUCACAAAGUUGCUGAAGAUAAUUUAUCUCGCCAUCAACUUUUCAUGGUCCGAAAGCGCACUUUUGAGCGAAAUAGUGAGUCAGGUGCCCUUCUUGAAGGAGAUAUCAUUCUUUCUCUUAAUGGUAAAAUCAUUACUCGUAUAAAUGAACUUGAUGUUAUGUACGAUCAUAAGGUCCUUGAUGCAGUCAUUGUCCGCGAUUGCAAGGAGAUGAACAUUAAGCUUGAUACUGUUUCAGCAGAUGAUCUCGAGACCGACCGAGCUAUUUCUUUCUGUGGUGCUAUUCUACAUCGGCCUCAUCAUGCUGUGCGCCAACAAAUUUCCAAACUUCAUAGCGAGGUUUAUGUUGCUGCGAGAACAAGAGGAUCGCCAUCAUACCAAUACAAUCUUGCACCAACCAACUUUGUGACACAUGUCAAUGGGAAACCAACACCGGAUUUAGAAUCGUUCUUGAAGGUGGUCAUUAAGAUUCCUGACAACACAUGUAGGAUCGCCUUUCUCUGUUUAUAUUAUUCAUCUGCUAAUACUGCUCGAUAGAUUUCCGCAUCAAGGUAGUAACCUUUGAUAAUGUUCCAUGGGUCAUCACUAUGAAGAAGAACGAUCACUACUUUCCAACAGCAGAGUGGAUUAAAGAUCCCUCGGAAAAAAGUGGUUGGAAAAGAAUCACCUACGAAAUGGGUAAUGCCGUGGAGGGCGAAGGUAAAGAAGGCAUUCGUAGUGUAGUUGGGGACGAGGUCGGAGAUUUUGGUGAUGGAGGAGGAGCUGAUGAGCCUAUAUCUCUCAAGUCAUUGUUCUGAAUACCUCAUACAUAAUGCGAACUUGCAUAGAUGAGGCAUGGUUUCAUUGUGUAUUUUAUAGCGGUCUACUGGCAUUUUCAUGGAUGGAUAGUUAAUCCUCAGUGAGCGAACGCGUACGGUAUUGAUAUGCGACGCUUAAUUAUAGUUAUAGUAGAUAGGGCCGAGGUUUGCAUCUUCCCGUGGGUGUAGUCUAGUUAACAGACAUGACUCUGUGACAUUUCUUGAUGAUGGCCGAUGAUAUCAAACCGAUUGAUGACAGGAGAGGAUGGAUACUAUCAAUCAUUGCCAAUCAUGUAUAUGUGAUAAUCCUUUUGUAUAAAAUGAU